AUGAAAGUCUUUCUCAUCCGCCAUGCCGAGACUAUUCACAAUGUCGGCCAAGCAUGGGCCGGAUCAACAGACUCUCCUCUGACUAGCCAUGGGAUUCUCCAAAUCGAACGUCUCGCGCAGUACUUUGCAUCGACGCGAACCCGCUUCUCGCACGUGUUUUCGUCGGACCUGCAUCGCGCCGUAGCCACCGCCGAGGGCAUAAACACAACAAACACCACGGAGCUGAGACUGACUGCUUUGUUGCAAGAACAGCAAUUUGGCUCGCGGGAAGGCACCGUGUUUCGCAGAUCUCGUCGUAACAAUGAAGAAAAAGAGGAAGACGCAGUCUUUGUCCCCGCGGAGACGGAGCUGGCGAUGCGUGAUCGUGCCAAUGCUUUUCUGAAUGAUUACUUUCUUCCGGCCGUGUUUGAGGCUGAUAGUACCAGCCAAGCAAUCGCCAUUGUCGCUCACGGAAUCAUACUCCGCGUGCUGUGGGAAUGUCUCACGCGAUUAUUCUCACCAGGAGCUGUCCAAUUCAGUCCGACGGGGGGAGGAGGAGGCGCGUUGACUCCAUUCUGGAGUAAUACGGGAUUUAUGGAGGUAUCCAUUGAGCCAGAUGCGGCCCUUUUGGACAACCCAACAUCAUCCAUAUCGUUACUCUCUGACUUUGUACUGUCCGGAUGGUCCAUGACGGUCCUGUCUAUCGACAGCAAACCGCAUCUCGCAGACUUACGGCGCACGCGCGGCGGUAUUGGGAGUAUGCAGCAUGAUACCAGCCAGAAGCGGAUUGACUCUUUUUUUCGACCGCGGUCAUAG